CCUUUGAUGCCGAUAGGCGCCGCCACAUAAUACUAAUAUCUUUCUUUCGUUCAAAUGGAUCGAGCAACCACGUUGUUUAGAAGUUUUUGAGGUUAGGAACUGGAAUACAUACAAUAAAGUAGAACCAUGUCUGUUGCAAUGAGAAAGGAGUACUUAAAAGCAAAGAAGAUUCUACAUCCAAAUAGCAGGAAGUCUCUUGCUAUUGCCAAAAGGGCCAAAAAAAUAGUCAACAGACAGAAGACAAAAAUGUCUGGUUUGAUAAAGCAGAGUUUAGUGGGAGAGAAGAUGCUAUGGAUCCAAGAACACAUGAUUCCAGACGUGUGCCCUUAUACCCCAGAAUUGACAGCACGGUUGUUAGAAAUGUACAUAGCAAGAAACGACGAAGAAUUGGAACAAAUUGCUAUAAAACACUCUGUGGGUGGUAAAAGAAACAGACAGCAUGCAAGCAGGGAAGACAUAGUAAGGAUGACCAAGGAACGCGAGCAAGAAGAAUACAAUACUUGUGGAAUAGAAAUUCCUGAUAUUCUUAACGCUGCUCAAUGCGAGAUGUUGAGAAAAUGGGACGGUGAACUAAAGUACCUACCCAAUUUUAAAUUUAGGAGAUUCGGUAAAAACCAUUUAAACGAUGCGUUACGGAAGGCAAAUAAACAGCCAAAGGAACACACGUCCGAGACGCAAAGUAAAAGUCUCGAAAGAUCAGGAAAUCGGGAGGAAGAAAUUACGUCCGAAAACUCAGACUCUUCUAUGAACUCAGAAUAA